CCCGGGAAGAAGCAAGUAGUGAUCAGUUGGCAACUUUUCGCAGAAAUGUCUGGAUUUGACGAGCGCCCGGUUUAUUUCAGCGAUGCUUUUGGUUCAGAGGAACAAGCAGAUGAGCGAGAAGUUAACAGAAUCAGUGCCAAGAAGCGAUUUAGGGAGUUUAUCCGUGAAUUCCACGAAGGAACUUUUAGCUACGCGUAUCGGUGAGCAAAAUGGCGCACUAUAGCAUGCUCUACGAAAGUUAAUCUAUGAGCACAAAAUCAUGCUUUGCCGUAGAAUAACUGAGUUUUAAAGCCUAUAAGUUUAACAUGUCAUACAGCUUUCUAAGAGUCGUUUAUCUUCAUAAUUUGACAAGAAUCAGGGUUUGUAUUCUACAAUCUCGCUGUUGGUUUUUCAGCGAGGCUACCAUGUGCUUUGCUUACGAAAUAUUUUGCCCAAGUUCGAUCGAUCGUCUGAAAUCAAAUCUGCGUCGCUAAUAUAUGUUUAUCCUUUCUUUCUCGUUCAGUGAUCAGCUUAAGAGACACUAUAAUUUGGGACAGUUUUACCUUGAAGUAGAUUUGCAAGAUUUGACGAGCUUUGAUGAGCAACUUGCUGAUAAACUCACCAAAAGUCCCGCAGAAUUCCUGCCUUUAGUGAGUAUACGUAGCUAACUUCCUGUACAUUUAAGCAAAAUUCGGAUCUCUUCUUUGACUUAUUUGUAUUUAGCUCGUCCAUUUCAUUUUAACCCCCAUGAGAUCAAAUUUCCUCGAACUUAUGAUUUGAAAGGGAAAGGCUCAUCAAGAACGUUUCAACUAAAUUUACCUGGAGUUGAACUUUUGAAUCAGGGUGAAGUCUGUUAUCAGCUUAUGCAUCAUGUUAUUCCACUUGUAAAUGUCACCCCAAGAUUCUCUCCCCACUAAGAGAACAUCUUCCCACGACAUUCUACAGUCCUAUGGCUUACAACUGGUGGUUAAUAGCAUAUGAUACUUUUGGAGAAUUUAUUGGUACAUCAUGCCAUUAUCUUUUUGUUAACCCUUAAUACACCCAAGAUCUGAUCAGUAAUUCUCCCAUCUGACUGCCAUUCAUUUUCCUUUGGUUUUUGGAGAAGCUUACAUGAAAAAAUUCUUUUUUAAAGCAAUCAUAUCCCAAACUUUGUUAAAAAAUCUGUUUUGUGAUAUUUAACAUUCUAUAGUUUGAAGAUGCAGCAAAAGAAAUGGCAGAUGAGGUGACUAAGCCACGGCCUUUAGGAGAAGAGGAAGUACAAGAUAUUCAGAUCACUCUCAAGUCUGAGGCAAACCCCAUGAGUGUCAGGGAGCUGCGAGUAUGUUUUUGAAUUUCACUGGCUGUGAUUCAUUCCCAUUCUUUCGCGUACAGGCUUAUUGAUUCCUUUGAAGCUUUGGAGGCAAUAACAAUCACGCCAGGCUAGUUGAAGCCUCCAGUCCUAAACUAGUGAUAACUUCUUUAUUUAUUCCUUAUUCCUAAUUUGUAAUUUGCUUUAUUUUCAGUCUGAGCAAAUGGCUAAAUUGGUAAAGAUUCCAGGCAUUAUCAUCAGUGCCUCUGCCAUUCGUGCCAAGGCAACUAACAUUACAAUCCAGUGCCGUUCUUGUCGCAACACAAUCUCCAACAUUCCUCUAAAGCCAGGUCUUGAGGGAUAUGCAAUGCCUCGCAAAUGCCCAAGGUAUAAUCUGUCUCUCUGAUCUUAUGCCUAGGGAAAAAUUUUUUUAUUGGUAAAAUGGGGCAGGGGGAUCUUUACCUGCUGAAUUUUUAGGAGUUUAAAAUUUUGUGAUUUAUGGAAUUUAGAAUUAAAGAGGGUAGGAGUUUGAGAGUAUGCCAUUCUUUUUAAUUUUUAAAUUUUUUUUUUCUUUCCCCUAUCACAAAAUAAUGAGGGGGUAUCAGCAGGUAGGGAUGACAAAUGAAACUUAAGAAUGAAACUUAAGAUCCCCUCCCUUGGGUAAACUCUGGUUCAUACUGGCUUAUUAAUAGACUUUAUACUUAUUUUAUGGGAAAUCACCUCCCCACAGUUGUUUAAAGAAUAUGAUAAACAGCUGACACAACAAUCAGUGGAUAAUCAGUGCAGUCUACAAUUUUCCUUCAAAACUAAGUGGAUAAAAUUGUGAAAAGCAGUGUAACUUUCAGUGUUGAAAAUGAGCUAGUGGUGGCAGGAAGCUUCAAGGAUAAUAUAGCCACAAAAGAUUUCUUUUGUCCCUUCAAACAGAACCUGCUCUGGGAAGUUUUACAAUUUUUUCUCUUAGUACUUUGUUAUAUCAUGACAAUGAUUAAUUACAUCUGUGUUUGACAGUGACCAAGCGGGCCGUCCACCAUGUCCUUUGGAUCCAUUUUUUAUCAUGCCUGAUAAAUGCAAAUGUGUUGACUUCCAAGUAUUGAAGCUGCAAGAAUCUCCAGAUGCUGUCCCUAAUGGUGAAAUGCCACGGCACAUGCAGUUGUACUGUGACCGGUAUGCACUUAUCAUUAUAAUUGUUGAUACAAACAAACAAACUUAAAGGGCUACUUCUUUCAAGCUCAUCAACUGCUGAAGAUCAGUGUGGCUUGUGAAGCAAGGGAAAGGGACUUUUAGCAAGAUUGCUUCACUCAGAAAUGUGUCUUGGGUAGAUGUAAGGAUCUUCUAAGAGUCUUGUAUCCUACCUUUCUCCCAUUCUCUCGCAAUAUUUCAUUAGCAAUUCUCCUUACUGUCUUCCAUACAAUUCUUAUCAAGUAAGUGUGGAUAAUUUGGUGUUAGAUCAACUAAUAAUCCAUGUUUCUUUAUUCUCAUUACUUGUCUGCUUGAUUUUGUAAGGAGAAUUUCUGUCUUGGUCACUCAUGGGAGUUAAAGGCUUAGGCUCAUCACAGCUCCUGCAAGUCUGUAAUUUCUAGUUAACCCUUUAACUCCCAGAAGUGAUUAAAUCUAACCUCUCCCUGCAAUAUGCUUACAUUUUCCAAUAAACAGGUAAUAAGAAUACUCAAACAUACUGAAUAGAAGUUGCUGUCUUGAUCUAACACCAAAUUCUUGUAACUAAUUUAAGAGGAAAUAUGUAGUAGCUGGAGGGGAGAAUUGACUAUCAGAUCUGGGAGUUAAAGGGUUAAAGUUGGGCUUCAUGUUAUUAUUUUUUUUUUUAUUUCUUGAAGGUAUUUGACAGAGAAGGUUGUUCCUGGUAACAGAGUCACUGUGAUGGGUAUUUAUUCAAUCAAAAAAGUUGCUCAAAAGGCUGACAAGGUAAGAUGCUCAAAGUUGCAAAUCAGAUCAGAAGAAUUGUACUUAAUUGCUACACUGUCUGUAAAAGGGCCUCGGGGUAUUGUCAUAACAAGCAGCUGAAAUAAGAGGAAACAUUACUGGGAAAUAUAUUUUACAUGUUUCCUUCAGUCAGAGUAUUUAAAUUUGUACUUUCACAAUUAGUUAGGAACAUAAUUUAUUACAUUUAAACUUGCUUCAUGCAACCAGGCAGAAAUAAUUUCAGGACAUAAAUCAAAUUUUUCCUUACAUGUUGAAAAACAGUUGAAGCAGCAAUUUCAGUCUCUGAAACACCUAGCAGUGAAAGGAUUAUGCAGCCGACAUCUAACAAUCCUCACCUUUCUUUUUUCAGGAUCGUGAUGGUGUGGGUGUUGGUAUCAGGAAGCCAUACCUUCGUGUUGUUGGCAUUCAGGUGGAUACAGAAGGUCCUGGUCGCAGCUCCGGGGCACCCCUGAAUCCCUUGGAAGAAGAGGAGUUCAACAGAUUUGCCAGUAGAACUGAUGCAUAUGAGACAAUAGCAAAAAGUAUUGCGCCAUUUAUUUAUGGAAGUGAAGAUGUCAAGAAGUCCAUUGCAUGUCUGCUGUUUGGAGGGUCUCGCAAAAGGUGUGAGAUAAAUGGUUAUUAUGGUACAUAAUGCCUGUGUUUUCCCAAUUGCUCUUUGCUAACUGCAUCCUAAUAUCAUCCACAGGCUCCCUGAUGGACUUACACGACGUGGAGACAUCAAUGUCUUGCUGCUUGGUGACCCAGGUACUGCUAAGAGUCAACUGUUGAAGUUUGUAGAGAAGGUUUCUCCUAUCGGUGUGUACACAUCAGGUAAAGGAAGCAGUGCUGCAGGAUUGACAGCAUCCGUCAUGAGGGAUCCUGUGUCACGUAACUUCAUUAUGGAGGGAGGAGCCAUGGUACUCGCAGAUGGAGGUGUAGUUUGCAUUGACGAGUUUGACAAGGUAAGUAGCAAUGAGACAAAUUUGUUAUGACAGACAGGUAUCAUCCAGUUUAGAAACCCCCAUUAACCCUUCAACUCCCAUGAGUGACCAAGACAGAAUUUCUCCUUGCAACAUCAAUAAAAUAUCAAUAAGGUAAGUGAUGAGAAUAAAGAAAAAAUAUCAAAUUGGGGAUAAUUGGUUGAUCCAAUACUAAAUUCUCUAAACUAACAUUGUAAGAAUUGUAUGGUUGACAGUAAGGAGAAUUACGAAUUUUAUCUGAGUUAAAGGGUUUAACCCUAAGAGUGACCAGCAUCUAAGUUCUCCUUAAAGUAAUAGUGCUAAGUCACUCAUUACCAUUGUGAUAAUAAAGGAAAUGAUGGGUUAUUUAAGAGGCUUUGAUUGUUAAAUAAAUUCUCCUUGUCACAACUAAAGGAAAUGUAUGAAGAAAAGUAUGGAGAAUAUAGAUUCUGAUGUUAAGGUGAUUUAUGGUUUUGUGCUGUUAUAGAUGCGUGAAGAUGACCGUGUAGCCAUUCAUGAAGCUAUGGAACAGCAGACAAUUUCAAUUGCCAAAGUAUGUCAAUUGUAGAAAGUGUUUUAAGAAACUUUCAAAGACUUCUUGCCAAUCAACUUUCUUUUGGCAAUUUUUUUAUAUCUUGUAGGCUGGAAUUACUACAACACUGAAUUCCAGAUGCUCUGUGUUGGCUGCAGCAAACUCUGUAUUUGGUCGCUGGGAUGAAACCAAGGGAGAAGAGGUAGUCCAUCUGAUAACUACCUUCCAUACUCUGUUUAUAUCUGAUAAAAUUUUUUUGCAUAAUAGUGAAUGUUUGCUGAUGUCAGAAAUUUCUUUGUUUGCCAGAACAUAGACUUCAUGCCAACAAUUUUGUCACGUUUUGAUAUGAUCUAUAUCGUCAAGGAUGAACAUGAACAGAAUAAAGACAUGGUAAGAUAUCACCUAUAGUAAUGAAAAUUAUGAUUUAACCCUUCAACUCCCAAGAUCUGAUUGUUAAUUCUCCCCUCUAAUUGGCAAACAAUUCCUUGUAAAUAAGUUAUGGGAAUUUGGUGUUUAGAUCAAGGUAACAACUUCUUCCUGAUAAGUUUGAGUAUUCCCAUUACCUGGUGGCUGGAUGAUGUAUAGAUAUUGUAGGGAGAAGUUGCAAGUUAAUCACUUGUGGUAGUUAAAGGGUGAUAUGAAGGGUCAUCCUUAUACUGUUGUGUACCACUCAUGUUCAAAUGAAUGAACUAAUAAAAGAUUAUUGUAUAUGAAAUACUAUUAUACAUUGGUGUAAACAAAAUCAUUCUAUAAUUUAUGAGGUUGGACAUGCUAGGUUCUUAUUAAUCUUGCAAGAAGCUUGAGAAAAUGUGUUUUUUUCCCUUCCAAUCCCUUCUGUCAGCGCCUUGCCAAACACGUCAUGCAAGUUCAUUUGAAUGCCGCUCAAACAGGACAAGCACAAGAGGGAGAGCUGAGCCUGAAUUUUAUAAAGAAGUACAUCAGUUACUGUCGGAAGUAUGUCAUCAGCUUGCUUGAGAUAUUCUGUGGCUUCAUCUGUGUUUCUUUAUGUGGUGUUGCUCAAGCCAACUCUGUUUUUAUAUUUUAAUAGCAAAUGUGGCCCAAGGCUUUCUGAGGAAGCUGCUCAGAUGCUGAAGAAUCGCUAUGUUCUCAUGCGAAGUGGGGCGCGAGAUUAUGAGAAGGAUGCUGAAAAAAAGAUCAACAUACCUAUAACUGUCAGGUACGGAUUUCAAUUAUAUUUAGUGGAAGUAGACUUGUAGAUUAAGAUUUAAAUACUGGUAACUUAAUUUGCAUCCAUAUUUCAGACAACUGGAGGCAAUCAUCAGAAUUUCAGAGUCACUGGCAAAAAUGAGGUUACAACCAUUUGCUACUGCAGCACAUGUUGAAGAAGCCCUGAGGCUCUUCCAGGUGUCAACUUUGGAUGCUGCCAUGUCAGGCAGCCUCUCAGGUAAAUCACAAUUUUAAUAGAUCAGCAGGGACAAGUGCCCGCGAGGUUGAAAGGUCUGGGUGUAAGAGCUGGUUUAUUCAUUCCCAUACAAAAAUCUUGAGCCUUAUAGAGCCCAGAAUUCAGCCUAAAUACUGUUUGUAGAUCCAGACAUUGGCAUGACAAGAGAGGGAAAAAUUUGUUUCUUGUGUGGGCCAUGACUGUAGUAGAUGCAAGUUGUUGUAGUUUAGAUAUUUACAAGCAAUAUUGAUAAACACCUUUCAGGAGCUGAAGGUUUUACACCAGAACAGGAUGUUGAGGAAGUUAGACAAAUUGAAAAACAAAUAAGGAAGAGAUUUGCCAUCGGCACUCAGGUAAUACUUAUUGUGGGUAUAAUCCUGUCAAAAGAGCACUCCAUAAGUUAACAAAACUAUUGAUGUUUCCAGUGUACCACUCGUAAUCAAAUUACGACUCAAAUUCUUGAAGAGGUUUCAAUGCUGUAAGGUGUGAAGAAUGGUUUUCAGCAAUUACUUCUUUUUAAGAUAAUUUAUCAGACCUUUUUGUCAGGUUAUUAUAUUUCAUUAAAUCAGCAAUAUGCAUGAAUUACCUGCUAUUUUAAAUCUUCGCUAAUAUAUUAAUAACUGCUUCCUUUUCCCGGUAGGUUUCAGAGCAGAGAAUUAUCCAAGAUUUUGCUAAACAGGUAGCUUCAAUCAACAUUUCUGUUUGUUAUAAAGUUAACAUUACUACUGGUUUUAUAUUGACUUGAUGAACAGUUUACAGCAAUAAAAUUGUCUACUGAUAAUGCCUAUUUUUCUUUUCCUGUUGUUUUCACAGAAAUAUUCUGAACGAGCAAUCCACACAGUUAUUUACAUUAUGCUGAGGAGAGGAGAGCUUGAACACAGGUUUCAAAGAAAGGUUCUUUACAGAGUGAAAUGAUCAAAGCCAAUUCUGAGAACUCUUAAACUCUGACUUCACCUCUGGCAUUUACAAGUCUUUAUGGGGCAAGUCAGAAUCUUGUGCAGUUUCUACAAGCUCUCAGCAUUUAUUAAAAAUUUUCUUGUGUACAAAAAUGUAUCUAAGCUGUCCAGAAACGAAAAGUUUGUAUUGCAUCUCUUCAAAUUGCGUUUUGAAGUGUUCAUGUGUAAGGAGUGCUGCAUGCAUGUUAGUGGAUGAAAAUAAAUGGUAAAAGUAAAAAACUUUUUGAUUAGUCUGAAUCCAAGGGAGUCCAAUUUUUUGCAUUAGUCCUCUUACAAUUGAGUUCAGGGAGACACUAUACUUUCAAAGUGCAUUCUCUUCACCCAGGUGUGUUUAUUGAAACCAGAUAAACCUGAAGAAAUACAGAAGGUAACCAUGCAUUGGCAUGGGUUACUACCUACUGAGGGGUAAGUUACCAUACACAUUGUUGCUUCACAUUACAGAAAAAGGGAAAAGCUUUCACAGGAUGGGACAUCUGUCUUGUUUAAAUUAGAAAUCAGUUUAACUCGGCUGGAACAAAAUAAAAGAAAGCCUCAAAACACAAGGACCUAAUUUUUUCCAUUUCUCUCACACUUGGCAGAUCAAAUACUGGAAAAUAACAAAUAGAGUUUGCUGAAAAAUCUUUUAACUCCUAUACAACUCAAGGAGAAAUCAAAGAAUGC